AUGGAGGAUGCAAAUGCUGCAGAGGAGUGGAUGACAAAGCAAACCGAUAUGCUGGAGCGGAAAUACAAUCGCAAUGAUUUCUCACUGGAAGAGGGCGAGCUAAUGCUCCGUGAAUUGGAUGAAAUUAGCGAAUUGAUCAAGAAAUAUCACAGCAUCUUAAUGACGCUCACCGAACGCAGCUCACAAAUAUCACCGUUGUGGCAACGUGGUGAACGCAUUCAGCGUUCGAUGCCAGUCACUGCUUUGGCCGAUUAUACCGAUAGAAAUAUAACCAUCCGAGAAGGCGAUGAAUGCAUUUUGGUUGAUAAUUCGGAUCUGAUUCACUGGAUUGUUCGAGCACCAGAUGGAUUGGAAGCUUCUGUGCCAUCAGUUGUUUUUCGCAUUCCACCCCCGGAUACACACCUCAGCUCAUAUCUGAAUCGUUUGCAUGCCAGUUUCGAAAGACUGCGUCGUCUUUGGGAACGAAAACAUCGAAUGGUGCGGUACAAUAUGGUGCUAAAUACGAUGGCCCAGAUACGUAGUUGGGAUUUGAAUACAUUCUCGGCGAUCAGUCCAGAAGAACGAGAUGCGAUCAUUAAAGCGCUGAACGAUGAUGCGCAUAAAUUGCUAUCGGAACUCGAUCCGAACGACCCACUGGCGAUGCGCCUGAAAGAGGAGCUCAUGCUUACCAACGAGCAUUUCUACGAGCUGUUGAAUCAGCUGAAUCGUCCUAAAGGUAACUGA